GAUUACCCACUUUUCCCACCACCACAUUGUGACCAAAUCAUCCAAUUUUCCCACUUUCCCCUCUUUUCCCACAUUUUCCCCCACCCACAUUGUGGAUGGUCUUAGACAGCAUGUUUAAGAGAGAUAAAGAGAGCUUUUAGUAUUAUAUAUAGGUGGCUAAUUGAGCACAUUAGUAUAUAAUUAAUUUAGUAAUUAGCCAUUCCAUUAGUCUAACAAACAUUCCUAGUCUGCAACUAGAGUCUAGAGGAAUAUUUCUUUAGAAACUUUAUUUUUAUUUAUUUAUUUAUGUGAUUUAAGUACUAUUGCUUUAGAAUAUAGUACAUACUCACAUGAUUUCCAAUUCAUGAAGAUUAAACACAUUAACACAAAGGUGAAACAUGAAAGAAAGAGUUCUACGUGGAACGAAACCUGUAAAGUCAGCUUUCUCAUCUCGAAAUGAGUUUGGAUAUAAGUCUCAUGUUCAUACACGAGGGUCCUAAUCUAUACUAGUUUCGAGAUCGUUUUACAUUGAACAUGGGUCUCGGAGGAGAUAGCUCAGCUGACUUAUAACAACCACUAAUCCGGUCACUAUUCUAAGUUAGUUAGUUUGCUCAUCAUAUACAUAUACAAUAUUGAUAGAGACAGACGAUAAUUCCUUAUAAGCUACGCGUUACUAUGCUUCUAUCAUUCUAUAUGUAUACAAAGCUCAUAUUUUGUACUAGCUAGAUUUUUUUCCCCCCUGACAAGUUGCUUAAGUGUUGUUCUUUUACGUGGUAAAUAUUGUUUUUAAGGAUAAAAUGAAACAAAAGCAUAAAAACAUAAAGCUUAUUCUAGGACAUAUAUACUAGGUCCUUUCAUCAAUCCCAUCAAAUGCAUGAAAAUCCUAAAAGGCAUCAAUUUUAGUGAAAGUAUUAAUACAUAAUCUUUUCUACGUUGAAUCCAUUACCCAAUAGAAACCAGUGCCAACUGAAGAAAUAUACAAUCAAAUAGAUAAAUAAUUCUCCCACAUUAAAACCAUAUUGGAUUCAUCUAUUUGUAAUGUAGUUUUGCCAACUUGCAAACUUUGGCAGCACCUUUAUCUCUUCACGUGAACUGGUUCUCCUUUCUACCUAGCCAGAAGAAAAAAAAAAAAAAAUCUAAACUCAUGAAGAUUCGUCAAUACAAAUAUGAUAGAUUGGUUGAGGCGCUAAAUCUUGAAUUCGAAGAUUCUUAUUUCGAAACUCAUAGUCUGCAAUCAUUUUUUCUCUUCUUUUUCGUUAUAAUGUUGAUCAACACUAUUAUUUCAAGGUAUCAAAUGCCUAUGAGUAAUAUAGCUCAAACAAAGAAAAAUGAAAAGAAAAUACGAAAAUUCAAACUUGACACAUGAUAUCUACACUGAUCGUAAUUCGAGUAGAGUAAGAAAGCAAAAAAACAUUUUGAUCGUAACACAAAAAGACAUACAACUAACCAUAAUGCGAAGUUUAUGCUCAUAAUAACAAAAAUCAAACUUACUAACCACAUAAUUCAUCCAUAAGAUGACCAACUACUACUUCACAUCCAAAAUCAUAGGCCUUUUUUCUCUUCACUCUCCAAAAUCUACUAUAUAUAAACACAUGCACUUCCUCCAAACCCACCCCACAUUCCUUCAUUCACCCAAAAAAAAAAAAACAAUAAUCCCCAAAAAUGGAGUCUUCCUCCAAAUCCUCAGUCCUUCUCCUAAUCUUCAUGCUCUUCCUCUCCUCCGCCACUCCCAUCCUCUCCUCCUGCGGCCGCUGCGGCGGCCGGAAGCCCAACCCAAAGCCCAAAUCUCCUUCCAAGGGCCCAGGCCCAAUCAAGCUCCCCCCAAUCCACCUCCCCAAACUCCCACCGGUCACCGUCCCCAAAGUCCCCAUCCCCAACCUCCCCACCGUCCCUCCGGUGACCGGCGGCGGGUCGGGGAAGUCACCGUCGCCGGCUGCCAACUGCCCUCCGCCGCCGGCGAAGAAGGACACGUGCCCCAUCGACACGCUGAAGCUGGGAGCCUGCGUGGAUCUGCUGGGCGGGAUCGUCCACAUUGGGCUCGGGGGCCCAGUUGUGAACAAGUGCUGCCCGGUGCUCGCUGGGCUUGUCGAAGUUGAGGCCGCGGCCUGCCUGUGCACCACGUUGAAGAUCAGGGCCUUGAACUUGAGCAUCUUCGUCCCUUUGGCUCUUGAGCUGCUCAUCACUUGUGGGAAAUCGCCUCCACCUGGCUACACUUGCUCCAUUUGAAGUUUGAAAAGGUAAUGUAUAGCCUUAGUGGCGUAGCCAGACUUACCGUUGAUCGUGAUUUUUAUGUACUGCUAACACCAACGAAAAACGAUCAUACUAAAAUCUAUGUAUCAAAUGUAUUUUUCGUCAAAAUGGGGUCUAUAUCUGAGGAUCCCUGUCCUCAAGCUUUCCCUCCGCCACUACCUUCCACAAAAUUAUUGUACAACAAUUACCCAAAACUUUGCUCGUGUGAUAGUUAGAAAUGCGCGUACAAAUCGUAACAGAUCUGAAAGAUAAAAAUAAUCGUUUAGUGAUGUCGUACUAUGCUCUAAUAAAGCUAACCACGAUUCAAAUCCCUAAAAGUGCUACUUUAGUUUUCUAGAUUCACACAUUGGUAUAAGAUGGUAGUUAGUAUCAUAUUGUAACACUAAUUGGCAUGAUCGUAAUGCAGGGCUUGCAAGCUAUAGCAGGAAGUGAUAUGGAUGGAUGAUUGAAGUAGUCGACAUGAGAGGAUGUCGGGCUUUCUUGUUUGUUCUCUCUACUCUUUCUCUCUCUAGGGUUUUUUUCUUUUUUGUAUUGUUGGAAUUAUUGUUAUGGUAAGGGGGUUUGGUUGUACUUUCAAUGGAUUGGCAAUGUGGGAGUGAAGAUGUUUGGAGUGUAUUGGUGUAAUACUAUUUGUUGUCAAUGAGCUUGUUUGUUUGCAAUGGAGGUGUAGUGUGAGGUUUUGGUUUGACGUCUUAGUGAAAGAAAUUUGGUCCAAGAGAAGAGUAUCUAUCAUGUUAGAUUCUCAUAGUUCUAGUAUAGGAGAGGAUGGCCAAUAUCAUAAUACUCUCCAUAGACUAGUUAUGUGAGCAUGCAAAUUUUUGUGUGUUCUCAACAUAAAGAGAGAAAAAGAACGACCAAAGUUUUUGAAAUGAUAUGACUGAGUAUCAAGAAUAAAAAAAGUGUAACGACAUGAUUAAGUCCGAAAAGAUAAUUGAGAUCAGUGAGCAUAAUGAAUGGAAGGAAAGAAAAAAGAGUCAAAUAUCCAUAUUGAUAUAAAAUAUAAGGUGUCAGUAAGAAAUAUGUCGAUCUUUUACGAUUGAGCACUUCAUAAGUUGUAGCAAUCAUUAGAAAUUCGAUUAUAAUAUUCUCUUAGGCCAUUAAGAGUCGAAUCUCAAAUAUCUCACUUAAGCGGUACGAUGAAGAAUGUGUAUAUAUAGAGGUCCUUCCUUCGAUCCUAAAGUACAAAAAUUAAAUCCAUCACUUCUCAAAUCAUUGGUUUUAACUUUGGACACAUCGUAUAUAUUCAUAAAAAUACGCAUCAAUGAUCGCGACACAACAAAAUUAAUCUGUCAAACUAAAACUAAACUAAGUACCAUCAUCAACGGUAGAAAGACGGUUAAACCUCCAAUUCCAAUUGAAAAUACUUCUAGCAAUGCAUGGAUACUACUGGCCAAAAAUAUUCGGGAGGACGCCUAGAAGCAUGUCGACAUAUGCUAUUAGUGCCAAAUCCAAAUCCACGUCCAUUUGCGUGUUCUGAAUGUUCAUGGAUGAUAUAUCAAUAUUCGACUACUGCGCUUCUUUAUGGUUAUGAAUGAAACGGUUUGUGAUUGUACGAUGUGUGAGAAUACAAAUUUAUCCAUAGUUUGACCACAAAACAUAACUUCAUAUCUCUUUCAAACAUGUAGAUCAUUAGCAAUUUACCCAAGACCCAACAACUUACUAGGUUUGCCCUAAGUAAAGCAUAUGAGAAGAACCCCUCAUAAACUCCCUAAGGCUAGGAUCAACCAAUACAAUCAUCAUCUCUCG